UCCUUCUGGUACCACAUGAACGGUCAGCACGUUGACUCUUUGAAAGUCUACGUCCAGUUCGGUCUUGCUCUUCCCUCGCCAACAUGGACCAAGUCAGGCACUCAGGGUAACCAGUGGCAACAAGCACAGAUAGAUAUAGAUGCUACUCGAGACUUCAAUAUCAGAAUUGAAGGUACCCGAGGACAAAACUACCAGGGUGACAUCGCCAUUGACGACAUCACCAUGACAAUCGGCCAGUGCAGCGGCAGCGCUACAGUCGGCCCAUCACCGGGUCCGACUGUCAAGUGUGACUUCCAAACGCCAACGAUCUGCGGCUUUACCAAUGAUCCUGGGGCGGACUUCUCAUGGACCAGGUUGAGUGGGAGCACCGGCUCUCAAGGAACGGGCCCAACCAAUGAUCAUACCUAUGGAACAGCACAGGGUUUCUACAUGUACAUCGAGACAUCCAGCCCAAGGUCCCAGGGAGAGAAGGCCAACCUCCUCUCCUCUACCUUCACUGCUUCCACCACGCAGAAGUGCCUGUCAUUCUGGUACCACAUGUAUGGCACCAAUACAGGCACCCUGAACGCCUAUGUGGACCAGAACGGAGCACGGAACCAAGUGUGGUCAAAAUCUGGUAACCAAGGCAACCAGUGGACCGCUACCUCUGUUAACCUCGCUGCCUCGGCCCUUAGUGCGUCCUACCUGAUUGUCUUUGAGGGCGUGGUCGGACAGGGGUUUCGUGGUGAUAUCUCCAUUGAUGACUUUGAGCUUAGUGAUGGCCCAUGUCAAAAUAAAGAUUUCUGCAACUUCGAGUCUGGCUUUUGCAAUUGGAACAAUCUGCAGAGUGAUGACUUCGACUGGGUGAUCAGUAGUGGAACAGCUAUGGGCUCAUCGGGGCCAUCUACGGACCAUACCAACAACAACCAAAAUAGCAAAUACCUUAUCGCAGUCAACAGGCCAAUGGGGGAUCGAGCCCUCUUUGCAUCAGGGAGCUUCAGCACCAAGAAGUGCGUACAAUUCUGGUACCAGGUCUCUGGGAACACAGGCGGCACCCUCCGCGUCUGGCGCCAAGACAACAGUGACAAUAGCCUCACACCGCUCUGGGAGAUGAAGACUCAAGCGAACCGGUGGUCACAGGGACUAAUUGAGGUAUCGGGUUCGGGAAGUUUCAAGGUUGUUUUGGAGGCGACAAUGGGAGCUAAUGGUUACAUUACAGUGGACGAUGUUGGAGUUAUUGAUUCUGCUAACUGUGCCAGAACUCCGUCUAAUUCUGUGCCGACUAUCACCACCCCAGGACCGACCACAACGACAUCAGCUACAACUCCUACUCGUCCAGCGACACCACAGCCAACGACAGCCCAACCCUCCAAUGGUUUCGACUGUGACUUUGAACAGAAUCUGUGUCAGUGGGCCCAGGACACCUCAGAUGAUUUCAACUGGAGCAGGAACCAGGGAGGCACUGGAUCCAGUGGAACUGGACCAAAUAGCGACCACACCACAGGAUUUGGUUGGUACGUGUACCUUGAGACCUCAAGCCCCAUCACGACCGGUGAGAAGGCUCGACUCAUCAGUCCAUCAGUUAACAUAGCAAACGGCCAGACAAAAUGUCUUCGGUUUUGGUACCACAUGUACGGCCAGCAUGUCGAUGAGCUAAAUGUGUACUUCAAGCGGCAGGGCCAAACAGGCAAUGGAGCAGUUCAGUGGAACAUGGUUGGCACCCAGGGAGUCAACUGGCUACAGGGACAAGUCGAUGUUAAGACAGCUGGAAACAUAAAGGUUAUCUUUGAGGGUAUACGCGGCCCUGGUUACCAAGGUGACAUAGGCCUUGAUGACAUCUCCAUCUCUGACGGCUCCUGCUUUGCCGGUGCCACGCCCAGCAACUGUACCUUUGACCUUGACCUUUGUGGCUAUACGCAAGAUACCACAGACAACUUUGAUUGGACGAGACAGAAUGCUGGUACCUCUAGUGCGGGUACUGGGCCUACAAAUGACCACACCCUUGGAACAGCUCAAGGUUAUUACGUCUACAUCGAGACCUCUCGUCCACGCCAGAAGGGAGACAUAGCACGCCUGUUGUCGGCAUCGAUGACCCAAACCGCUGACAGUUGUCUUCAGUUCUACUACCACAUGUACGGAAACAAUAUCGGCACACUGUAUGUCUACCAGCGACAAAACAAUAACAACGGUCAGGCUAUCUGGAGUUUGGCAACAAACCAAGGAAAUAGCUGGAAGAUCGCUCAAGCAACCUUGAACUCUAGGAGGCCAUACCAGGUGGUUUUCGAGGGCGUCAUAGGUGAUGUCAUUACCGGCGAUAUUGCGUUAGAUGAUAUCACAAUCACACCCGGUGCUUGCCCACAUCCUGGUGACUGCUCCUUUGAAAGUGGCCUCUGCACCUGGGCGAAUGUACCAGCAUCAGACAACAGUGAUGACUUUGACUGGGUUCUCACAAAUGGAGGCACUCCGUCAGGGGGCACGGGUCCUUCUACGGAUCAUACCUUGGGUACCCCUGCAGGUCAAUAUGUCUUCAUCGAGUCCAGCACCCCGAGAACUCAAGGAGAGAAGGCCCGCUUCAUCAGUCAGUUCUUCAACAGUAACACUGGGGCCUCCUGUAUGAAGUUCUGGUACCACAUGCUAGGAAAUGGCAUUGGUGCGGCAAGGAUCAUUAAGCAAGCCAACACGUCUGAAACCACGUUGUGGGAGCUGAGUGGGACUCAAGGUUCAAACUGGAACCAGGGACAGGUUGCAAUUCCAGCAGGAGCUGCAUACAAUGUACUUUUCGAAGGUGUUGUCGGAAAUAAUUACCAAGGAGACAUCUCGGUUGAUGACAUUCAAUUCACUACCGGGACAUGCCCAACCAGACCAGCUAAAGCAGCGCCCCCAGGUGUUAUCACAACAACUCAAGCAACCACACCCGCAGUAUCAACUGUUCCUCCAACGUCUGUUGUCGGUGCCUUCGACUGCAACUUCGAGACAAAUCUGUGUGGGUGGACGAACUCCGCUGGCGAUGAUUUUGAUUGGACGAGACAGCAGGGUUCAACGGGAACGACGAAUACUGGGCCUAGCAAGGAUCAUACCACAGGAAGUGGUUUCUAUGUUUUCAUUGAAACCUCUGCCCCCCGCUCUCCUGGUGAGAAAGCAUGGUUGGAGAGCCCAGUGACAACUCCUACCUCAACGUCUUGUCUCCGAUUCUGGUAUCACAUGCACGGAGACCAUAUUGAUAGUUUGAACAUCUACAUGAAAACUACACCAAACCUGGGUACACCAACGUGGACUCGUAAGGGUACGCAAGGUAACCAAUGGAACCAGGGUGAGAUGGAGAUAGCUACCACUGCUCAGUACUCAGUUGUAUUCGAAGGUGUACGAGGGACCAGUUUCAGGGGUGACAUUGCCAUUGAUGACAUCACGAUGACAAGCGGACCAUGUACAGCCACGCCAGUCUCUGGGACAUGUACCUUUGAAGAUGCGACACUAUGCGGUUACACCCAGGACACGACUGAUCAGUUUGACUGGACAUACCAGAGUGGUAGUACAGCUUCUGCAAAUACUGGACCAAGCAGCGACCAUACUCUUGGAACAGCAGCUGGUCACUACCUCUUCACAGAGACCUCCAGCCCACGUGUCCAGGGUGACAUGGCCAGGAUUGUGUCCCCGGAUUACACACCAGUCUCCGGGCAGACGUGCCUCUCGUUCUUCUACCACAUGUACGGCCGGGAUAGUGGAACUUUGAAUGUCAAGUCUCAAAAGAAUGGGCAACUGAGUGUUGCAUUGUGGAGUAAAAGUGGUAACCAAGGCAACACAUGGGUACGGGGUCAGGUAUCUCUUUCCGCUACUGUUUCGUUCAGAGUCGUCUUUGAGGGAAUCCGAGGCCCAAGCUACUUAGGCGAUAUCGCAAUUGAUGAUGUCACGUUUACCGACGGCGCCUGCCCCCUCCCUGGAAACUGCGACUUUGAGAAGGAUCUGUGUACUUGGUCGAAUGUCCUGACGGGCGAUGACUUUGACUGGAUUGAGGGUCAGGGUAGCACCCAAAGCGGUGGCACUGGACCGACUGUCGAUCACACACUAGGAAACACGCAAGGGAAAUACCAAUACAUCGAGGCCUCUGGUCAAAGACAACCUGGCGACAAGGCUUGGUUGAAAAGUGAAACUUUCGGCCCAACAUCAUCUGGUGGACGUUGUUUUAACUUCUGGUACCAUAUGAACGGCCGAGACGUAGCCAACAUGACUGUAUAUAUCAUGGAUGCUGCAGGUGCGCUGACGCCAUACUGGACGAUGAGUGGCGAUAAAGGCAACCAAUGGUUGAGUGGGAAAUUAGGAAUUAGAAUGACAACGCAAUACACAGUUUACAUUGAAGCAGUUCGUGGAACCUCGUAUCAAGGAGACAUAGCCAUUGAUGACUUGUCCUUCACAGAUUCUUUUUGCAACGUAUUCCCAAGCAAUGCCAGCCCCGGGUCCGCUGGAACCACCUCACAACCAGUCGCCACGACAACUGCUGGACCAACUCGAGCACCAGGUUCAUUUAGUUGUAACUUCGAAGUCGACAAUUGUGGCUGGACCCAGGAUCGGACAGAUGACUUUGAUUGGUCAAGAGUAUCUGGGCAGACGUCAUCUUUUGGCACCGGUCCAAGUUUUGAUCACACAACUGGCUCUUCAGCGGGAUGGUACAUGUUUAUCGAGACCUCCAGUCCUCGUGUCCAAGGCGAGAAGGCCCGCUACAUCAGUCCUGCCGUUAGUCCAAACGGACCGAAGUGUCUUGAGUUCUACUACCACAUGUAUGGCCCUCACGUCGAUACUCUGAACGUUUAUGUCAAGACGUCACAGGCUCUUAACACUCCAGUUUGGACCAAGACAGGAACGCAGGGAGACAUGUGGAAUCUUGCUACAGUCCAGAUUACUGCUACAAAUAACUAUAAUGUCGUGUUUGAAGGUGUACGAGGCAUGAACUAUCAAGGUGACAUUGCCAUUGAUGACGUCACAAUCGUUGAUGGACUCUGCUCCUCCGUGGGCCCCACACCAUCGGGAGAACUAGACCGUUGUUCUUUUGAAGAUGUAGCUAUCUGUGGGUUCAACCAAUAUACAGGUGACGUGUUCGACUGGACCAGAGGAAGCGGAUCUACCACCUCGGCUAACACGGGACCAGCAUCGGACCACACUUAUGGCACUGACAAGGGGUUCUACCUGUUCAUCGAGACGUCAUCGCCCAGAACUCAAGGUGACAGCGCCAUCAUCAACACCAAAUCCUACACCCCGACAGCCGCUGGUGACCAUUGCUUAGAGUUCUGGUACCACAUGUACGGCCGCGACACGGGGACAUUGAUAGUGGUUCAGGCAUUAUCUGGCAGUCAGGUUACAUUGGUUACACUGACAGGAAACAAGGGCAACAGUUGGAAGAGAGCUCAGGUGACCUUCAAGGCCUCUCAGGGUCAGUCAUUCAACAUCCAGUUCCAGGCGUCGGUGGGACCAAGUUACCUUGGAGACAUUGCUAUUGAUGAUUACAGGUUGACUGUCGGAGCUUGUGGUUCAUCAGCUGUUCCUGGUAACUGCGACUUUGAAAAGGACCUGUGCACCUGGACCAACAGCCUAACUGGUGAUGACUUCGACUGGACCUUGGGAAGUGGGAAAACUGGCAGCACUGGUACUGGACCAACAGUGGACCAUACUCUAGGAAACAGCAAUGGUUCCUAUGUCUUCAUCGAGGCCUCCAAUCCUCGCUCUCCUGGCGACCGCGCCCUUCUAACCAGUGACAUCUUCCCAGCCGCUACACCGCGCUGCAUGGAAUUCUGGUACCACAUGUACGGACAGGAGAUCGGGACAUUGAGAGUGCAUGUCAAGUCACAGAAUGGUUCUCCAAGCCCUGUGUGGGAGGUGGUCGGGAACAAGGGAGAUGCGUGGAGGCAGGGUAGGGUCCCUGUCUCAAGCCCUGACAGUAACCCCUUCCAGGUGUUGCUCGAGGCUGUGCGUGGAAAUGGUUACCGCGGAGACAUCGCUGUUGAUGACAUCACAUACACCGAUGGUUCAGGAGCGUGCCAACUGAUGCCGGCCUAUGCCACACCGACUACAACAUCUGCGCCAGGUAGUACAGCCGUACCUACUGGUGCGCCUGUCCCUGCUAAUUUCAACUGCGACUUUGAAACUGAUGUUUGCGGCUGGACACAGGAUCCUACGGAUGACUUUGAUUGGACGAGACUGCAGGGUUCCACUGGCUCUGCCACGACGGGUCCCUCUUUUGAUCACACGACUGGAAGUGGCUUCUACAUGUACAUUGAAGUCUCCUCUGUGCCGAUCGGAGACAAGGCCAGGCUCCUCAGCCCCCAGAUCGACGGCAGUGGACCCUACUGCCUGACCCUCUGGUACCACAUGUACGGCUCUACCGUCGACACCUUGAGCAUAUACUUUGCCAGCGGGCCUAAUGUCGGUCAGGCGCUGUGGACCAAGACCGGGACCCAGGGGAAUAAGUGGAUGCAGGCAUCGAUUCAGUAUACACCCAUCAUUGGGCAAGCUGUAGAUAAGGUUGUGAUUGAAGCCAUCUCAGGUCGAACCUUCGAAGGUGACAUUGCUGUUGAUGACAUCAGCAUGGUGCCCGGAUCCUGUGCCGGCCCAAGCGUCCCCACCCCGACUGUUGACUGCGACUUUGAACAAGGCCUCUGUGGCUAUAUCCAGGAUACAGCUGAUGUCUUUGAUUGGACAAGACAGGCUUCGGCUACUGGAUCAUCAGGAACGGGACCGACAGCUGAUCAUACGUAUGGUACCGCUCUUGGUAACUACAUCUAUAUUGAGGCAUCCUCCCCAAGAACCACCGGCGACAAUGCAAAGAUCUUCACCCCGCUCAUCGCCACAUCAGCAGCUGGCAACUGCCUCCAGUUUUACUACCACAUGCUCGGGGUGCAAAUCGGGACCCUUAACAUCUACACAAUGGGCGGCCUCGCGGCACCAACACAACCAAUCUGGUCCAAAUCAGGUGACCAAGGCAACCAGUGGAUUCUGGCUUCCGUCGAUCUCCCGCUGAAUACUCAGUUCGAGGCUGUGUUUGAGGGAAUUGUUGGGACGGGCUACCAGGGAGACAUAUCUAUUGACGACGUCAAGCUCCUUAACAGACCAUGUGCAGUACCAGGUGACUGUGACUUUGAAAAUGGCCUCUGUGGCUGGAGCAACAUCGCCGGCGAUGACUUUGACUGGCAACAAGGCAAGGGACUCACAGCGAGCCAGUUCACUGGCCCGACAAUCGACCAUACCUUAGGCACGGCCAAUGGCACUUACAUGUUCAUUGAGACGUCCGCACCAAGAGUACAGGGUGACAAGGCAUGGCUGCAAUCGCAGCUGAUGUCGGCCACGCCCAGCAAUGGCCGCUGCUUGCACUUCUGGUACCACAUGUAUGGCUCUGCAAUCGGGAGACUACAAGUCAUUUUGAAACAGGGUUCUUCCAACACCACCAUCUGGAUCCUUGGAACUGAGAAGGGAAACCAAUGGAACUCAGCCCAAGUGACUGUCACCAGUACCACUGACUUCAGACUCCUCAUUGAGGGGAUGCGUGGAGCUGGAUUCCAAGGCGACAUUGCGAUCGAUGAUGUUUAUUUUACCAGUGGGUCUUGCACGCUCCAACCAAGCGAUGCCAGUCCACAGACAACUGCAACCACCCCAGGGGCCGUCACUACGACAGUCGGGCCUACCCAACCCGCCUCACCCUAUGACUGCAACUUUGAACAAGGCCUAUGCACCUGGAACAAUGCACAGGAUGAUGAGUUUGACUGGACAAGGAACCAGGGUGUGACAGGUUCUCAGAGCACUGGGCCAUCAGUUGAUCACACCACUGGCACAGCCCAGGGUUAUUACCUGUUUAUCGAGACCUCCCUCCCACGGGUAGCAGACGAUAAGGCCAGAUUAGAGAGCGCUCAGAUCACGGCCAAGCAGCUACGAUGCCUGUCCUUCUGGUACCACAUGUAUGGUCCUCAUGUCAACACUCUAAACGUCCGCCUCAGGUCAAAUGGACGGUUAAGCAAUGCAAUCUGGACCAAGAUUGGGACUCUGGAUGAUGUAUGGUACAAGGGAACGGUUGACUUAGACCAGGACCCACCAUACCAGAUCAUCUUUGAGGGUGUCCGUGGCACAAGCUGGCAAGGAGAUAUCGCCAUUGACGACAUUAAGGUCGCAGUCGGACCCUGUCAGAGUACAUCGGUUUGCACCUUCGAAGAUGACAGCUUGUGUGGCUACACCCAAGACCCGAGUGAUGACUUUGACUGGAGUCGUGACCGCGGCAAUACUGGAUCCAGUGGUACUGGACCAACCACUGAUCACACCACGGGGGCAGCCCAAGGUUAUUACAUGUACAUUGAAGCCUCAGCACCACGUAACCAAGGUGAUCUUGCACGCCUAGUCAGCCCAGUCCAGCAAUCCACCCGAGGCUCCUGCCUGAAGUUCUGGUACCACAUGUAUGGCCUCCACAUCGGAACUCUCUCCGUGUACUCGAAGAGCGGCAAUGUGUUGGGCAAUACUCUGUGGACCAAGUCAGCAGACCAGGGCGACCAAUGGAAUCAAGCUUUUGUGGACGUUACUGCUUCUGCUACUUGGCAGGCUGUUUUUGAGGGAUCAAUCGGUUCAAGUUAUCAGGGUGAUAUUGCCAUUGACGACAUCGAGAUUGCAGCGGGAAGUUGCCCGACACCUGGCGACUGUGACUUUGAAACAGACACUUGCCUCUGGAAGAAUACCCUAUACGGUGAUGAUUUUGAUUGGCUGAGAGGUCAAGGGAACACGGGCAGUAGCUUCACUGGACCAAGUGUCGAUCAUACAGUCGGCACUCCUACUGGCUUCUACAUGUUCCUGGAGACGUCUGCUCCAAGAGUUCAGGGCGAAACCGCCCGCCUCUUCAGUCAAGUCUUCCCACCGACUGGUGCCAAGAAGAUGUGUGUGUCAUUCUGGUACCAUAUGUAUGGAGUUGGCAUUGGCUCACUUACUGUUAUGCAAAUUGUAAAUAACAACACUGAGAUGGCCGUUUGGAAACAGACUGGUGACCUUGGAGACCAAUGGCUUGAUGGACAGGUGUCAGUUAGAAGCAGGGACCAAUACCAGAUUGUGUUCAUUGGUGAACGGGGAACCAAUUACCUGGGCGAUAUUGCUGUUGACGACAUUGUGGUCACGGCAUCAGAUUGUGCAAUCAAACCAACCAGUGCUAACCCACUAGGCCAGACAACACAAUCGCCAGUGGUAACAACGAAAGGUCCAGAUACGACACCUUGGGUUACUAAUUCAGUGUGGGACUGCGACUUUGAGAAGGAUACCUGUAACUGGGCCCAGGUGACCAGCGAUGACUUUGACUGGACAAGAGCCCAGGGCCCCACGGGUACCACGGCUACUGGACCAACCAAUGAUCAUACAUUCGGAACCUCUGCGGGUUGGUACAUCUACAUUGAAACCAGUUUCCCCCAGUUGACCAACGAUACAGCCAGAAUCCGCGCUCCCGUUUUACCGGUUGGAAAGGCCCACUGUCUCAUCUUCUGGUACCAUAUGUACGGACCAGACAUUGGAACUCUUAACCUUUAUCUCGAGCAAGGUGGCAGCUUGGGGAGUCCAGUGUGGACCAAGUCCAGAAGCCAGCGUAACGGUUGGCUAAGUGUCGAGUAUGAGAUCGCCGCACAGACAGCCACGACUAGGCCUGUGUUCGAGGGCAUCAGGGGUAGGGGCUACCAAGGUGACAUCUCUCUUGAUGACAUCAAGGUCGUGGAAGGAACUUGCCAACAAACUGCAACUGUUGAUUGUACAUUUGAGACAUCUGACCUCUGUGGCUGGACCCAAGUGACUAGUGAUGUGUUCGACUGGACCCAACAGAGUGGGACAACAGCCAGCAGCAACACUGGACCUAACAUCGACAUUACCUCAGGAACAGCACAAGGAAAGUACAUAUUCAUCGAGAGCAGUAACCCCCGAACCCAAGGAGACAAUGCAAUCUUGAUGAGUCCAUCUGUCGUCAAACCCGGUUCUACCAACUGUUUCCAGUUCUACUACCACAUGAAGGGAGUCCAUAUUGGCGCGUUGAGCAUCUGGCAGUUUGUCGGCAAAGCCAUACCGACCUCCCCAAUGUGGACCAAGAGUCUUUCCCAAGGUGACCAGUGGGUCCUGGGAGAAGUAACCAUGCCGUCUGCUAGUGAUUACAAGAUUGCCAUUGAAGGUAUCGUGGGUAAUGGUUGGCAGGGAGAUAUCGCUAUUGACGAUACUAAAUUGGUUCCUGGGGCUUGUCCAUUGCCGGGUGAUUGCGAUUUUGAGAGCGGCUUCUGCACGUGGACUAAUCCUGGUGGAGUAGAUGAUUUCGACUGGAUCCGAGGAUCUGGCGAUACCACCAGCAGCUUCACAGGACCUGGUACAGAUCAUACCACCGGAACAACAUCGGGAUCAUAUGUCUUCAUUGAGACAUCAGUCCCAAGAGUUCUAGGAGAGAAGGCUUGGAUGCAGAGUGAGCUUUUCCCUAGCACCGGCAGCAGUUUCAGAUGUGUGAAGUUCUGGUACCACAUGUACGGCGUGGACACUGGCGAUCUGAACGUUUAUACUUUCGAUACAAUCCUGAAUGCAACGACUAGAUUCUGGGCGCUUUCUAGUGACCAAGGAAAUGUUUGGAAGCAGGGACAGUUUUCGUUCUCUACCUUCCAUCCUUACAACGUACUCUUUGAGGGCACAGUUGGACAGGGCUACCGUGGUGAUAUCGCUAUUGACGAUGUCGAGUUUACAGACAGUGCUUGCGGAGUUAUCCCAAUCAAUGCUCAGGUCCAGUACCUGACCACUGUACCACCGACAUCAGGUCCAACAACAACCAGAGUCCCGACAGCGUAUGAUUGUGACUUUGAGCAAGAUUUGUGCAGCUGGCAACAGGCAACUGAUGAUAACUUUGAUUGGACCCGUACGUCAGGGACCACUGGGUCACAGGGCACGGGACCAUCAGUUGAUCAUACACUUGGAACUGCUCGUGGUUCAUACGUCUUCAUCGAAACAUCCAAUCCACGCCAACCCAAUGACACAGCUCGUAUAGAAUCAGCCAAGCUCUCUGUCAGCGAUGUGCGCUGUCUUCGCUUCUGGUACCACAUGUACGGCCCAGAUGUGAACACACUGAGUGUCUACCAGAAGGCCAACAAUCAGCUCGGCAAACCUGUCUGGACAAGAACUGGUACUGCUGCUAAUGCUUGGAUGAAGGUCGAGGUCAACCUACGAAGCCAACAAGAGUUUCAAGUGGUCUUCGAAGGCCUGCGGGGAAUCAGCUGGCAAGGAGAUAUCGCACUGGACGAUGUGUCAAUUGCAAAUGGGGCUUGUGGAGGGCAAGUUCUGAGCUGUGACUUUGAAGACCAGGCUAUCUGUGGUUUUACUCAGGACAAUACGGAUGACUUUGACUGGACUUGGGAAGCAGGGUCAACUGGAAGCUUUGGCACUGGCCCGACAACUGACCACACUUAUGGAACAGCUGCAGGCCACUUCAUGUACACAGAGACCAGCAGCCCAAGGAAACCUGGCGACCGGGCGAGGCUCCUCAGUACAAAGAUCGGCCCCAACUCGGGCAGGUGCAUCGAGUUCUGGUACCACAUGUAUGGCCCUCAUGUCGGGGACUUGAACGUUUAUAUCAAAACCCCAAUUGUCUCGCUACAAGUCUGGACGCUCUCUGGAGACCAAGGCAAUACCUGGUUUGCUGCUCAAGUACAGGUUUCAGCAACAUCAGAUUACCAAGUUGAAUUUGAGGGCAUUCGAGGCUCCGAUUACCGAGGCGAUAUUGCCAUUGACGACGUCAGGGUAUUGUCUCAGGCGUGCAGUGUCCAGGGAGAUUGUGAUUUCGAAAACGGACUGUGUACUUGGACGAAUGUUCAGCAGGGUGAUGACUUUGACUGGAUUCUUGGAAGCGGAUCCACAGGCAGUCAGUUCACUGGACCAAACUUCGACCAUACUCUGCAGAAUCCGACGGGACAGUAUCUCUUCAUUGAGACAAGCAGCCCAAGAGUCCAAGGCGACGUCGCCAGAGUAGAAAGUCAGUGGUUUAAAUCACAGGGCGCAGCCAGCUGUUUCUCAUUCUGGUACCACAUGAAGGGUGCGGAUGUCGGCAGCUUGAACAUCUACGUGACGACCGAUGAUGGCACUAACCUGAAGACGACACUUGUUUGGGUUCAGCGGGGAGAGAAGGGAGACAACUGGCUGAACGGUCAGUUGCCUUUGAAUGCCCAGGGGAACCGAAUCAAGGUUACCCUUGAAGGUGAGAGAGGGAGCAACUACCAAGGGGACAUAGCUGUAGAUGACUUGUCCUUCACAGUCGCAAGCUGUACAUUGCAACCAUCGAGUGCUGCCCCUGGCCUUCAAACCACGUCUGCUCCUGUCUCAACUGUGGGACCAACUGCACCUACUGGACCCACUUUAUCUCCAACUUCUUAUGACUGCAAUUUUGAGAAUGGCAUCUGCACGUGGACCCAAGAUGCCACCGAUGACUAUGACUGGACCCGGGCCCAGGGCCCCACUGGUUCCCUGCUCACUGGACCGACAUCUGAUCACACACUUGGAACAGAUCAAGGUUGGUAUGUCUACCUUGAGACAUCCUCACCCCAGGUCCAGAACGACAAUGCUCGUAUCAUGAGCGCAGACCUCACCGACGGCAAGGACAGAUGUGUGAACUUCUGGUACCACAUGUACGGAACUCAUGUCGAUACCCUCAACAUCUAUAGGAGGGACAGUAGGACGAACCAGCUAGGUCCAGCAGUCUGGACCAGGACGGGCACCCAGGGUGACCAGUGGAACUACGCUCAGUUUACCAUGCCUUGGAAUGGCAACAAUUAUAUGGUUGUGUUUGAAGGUGUGAGGGGAGUCAGUUACCGUGGCGACAUUGCUCUUGAUGACAUUCGCAUCUCUGAAGGCAGUUGUCCUCCCAUUGGCCGAGGAUCAUGCUCAUUUGAAUUAGACACGAUAUGCGGCUACACACAAGAUACGACCGAUCAAUUUGAUUGGACGAGACAGGGCGGCAGCACGUCAAGCUUCCAAACUGGUCCCAACACUGAUCAUACAUUAGGAACAUCACUCGGGUAUUACAUGUACAUUGAAACCUCAUCACCAAGGGUACAAAAUGACACGGCGCGCCUCUUGACCCCUAACUACACGCCGACUCCAGGAAAACAGACUUGUUUACAAUUCUGGUACCACAUGUAUGGUUAUCACAUCGGGACUUUGAACGUCUAUGUUGCACCAGCGGGGCAAUUGAAUGUCGCCAAUCUGCCCCACGCACAAUGGACCAAGUCAUAUGACCAAGGUGACAAGUGGUACCUCGGACAAGUGACAGUCGCACAGACCAGGGCCUACCAGGUCAUGUUCGAGGGGAUCGUUGGAGAAAGUUAUACUGGUGACAUCGCCGUUGAUGAUGUCGCUGUCCUUGACGGGGCCUGCAACCAACCAGGUUUCUGCGACUUUGAAACCGGGCUAUGCACUUGGCAGAAUCUUGCGAGCGAUGAUUUCGAUUGGCUAAGGGGUCAAGGUGGCACAACUAGUUCGUUUACUGGGCCGACUUUCGAUCACACAUCCGGAACUGUUCAAGGAUCGUACAUGUUUAUCGAGACGAGCAGUCCGAGAGUAAAGGGUGAUGUUGCCAGGCUUGGCAGUGCCAUCUACCCCGGCGACAACAAAGGUCACUGCAUGAGCUUCUGGUACCACAUGAAAGGAAGUGAUGUCGGUUCUCUGAAUGUCUACAUACAAUCAAACCAGACAGUUCAGUCAAUAAAUUCCGAGGCACUUGUUUGGAGUCUCAGUGGUGAGGUUGGAGACCAAUGGAUGUUGGGCCAGGUGCCAAUCAAAUCAACCUACACAAAAAGACCAUAUCAGAUGGUAUUCGAGGGUGUACGGGGAACAAACUUCCAAGGCGACAUAGCAAUUGAUGACGUCCAUAUUCAAGAUCAACCGUGUGGUUACAUUCCAACUUACGCUCAGCCUUCGGAUAAUGCACCACAAAUGGUGUUUUGUGACUUCAACCAAAACACUUGCAAAUGGCUGCAGUCAACCAACGACGACUUUGAUUGGGACCGUUCAAAUUCCACAACAUUUUCUCGUGGAACUGGUCCAGCUGGAGAUCAUAGCCCAAGUGGAACAGGUCACUACAUGUACAUCGAGGCCUCAGCGCCAAGGGCUGGAGGAGACAAUGCCAUCCUCGUCACACCCAAACUACCGCCAACAGCAGCAGAUGGCAACUGCUUCCAUAUUUGGUAUCACAUGUUCGGCAUCCAUAUCGGCACGUUGAACAUUUACUCAGAGACUGGUGGUUCCGUCAACAGGAGGUGGACGAGAGUUGGAACGCAGUCAAAUCGUUGGAUGGAAGCGUACAUCACCAUUCAGAGUGACUAUGAUUAUCGGAUCAUGAUAGAGGGGGUAACGAUCGGGGGAUUCCAAGGUGACAUCGCCAUCGACGACGCCCACAUGGUAGCUGGGGCCUGUCCUUCUCUGGGCACAUGUGACUUUGAGAAUGGUCUCUGUGGCUGGACACAAGACUCGACAGACUACCUUGACUGGGUCAGGAACAACAACCGUACUGCUAGCGUAAGCACUGGCCCAAGCGUGGAUCAUACGACGCAGACUGACUUAGGUUAUUAUCUGUACCUGGAGAGUUCAUUCCCUGCGGUUCAGGGCGACACAGCCAAACUCAUCAGCCCGACGUACAAGAGAUCGCAGGACCUUUGCCUUCAGUUCUGGUACCACAUGUAUGGUAUGGAUGUCGCAACACUGCGUGUCUAUGCCAUGGUGAACGGACAGUUAGGUGGUGCUCUUUGGGGCAUGGGAAGUAACCGAGGUGACCGGUGGCGCCUUGGUCAGGUCAACAUCAGAAACAGAUAUGACUUUAAUUUCGUCUUCGAAGGAACAGUUGGCGCAAGUUACACUGGCGACAUUGCAAUUGACGAUAUUCAAGUCCUUCCAUAUAAAUGUGCUCCACUCGGGUCAUGUGACUUUGAAACAGGCAGCUGUGGCUACGAGAACACGCCAAUUGGCGAUGAUUUCGACUGGCUGAUGAAUGCUGGUGGAACCUUAAGCGGAUUCACUGGACCGGCUGUUGACCACACAUUAGGAACACCUCAGGGUGUUUACAUGUAUAUUGAAACAAGCGGUUCAAUCCCUGCCACUGGAGACAAGGCCUGGCUACGUGGACCUCUCCUGAGCAAAACGAAUGGUGCCUGCUUCUCUUUCUGGUACCAUUUGUACGGACAAGGAGUCGGUACCUUGAAUCUCUACAAGCGUGAAGGCGGACAGAUGUACCCCCUAUGGUCAAAAUCAGGCAACCAAGGCAAUGUAUGGACGUUGGCCCAGGUUCCGGUCUCGACCACUUACCGAUACGAGAUGUACUUCGAGGCUAUCAAGGGAGCUAACUACACUAGUGAUAUUGCCAUCGAUGAUGUCAGUGUGACAACUGGACCCUGUGUUGCACCAACUAAACCAUCUGUCAUAGUGCCAUCUAUUGGACCUACUUUACCCACUGCCUACACCUGCAGUUUCGAGCAAGACUUGUGCUCGUACGUACAAGACACCAGCGAUGACUUUGAUUGGACAAGACAGAGAGGCAGCACCAACAGUGUAGGGACAGGACCAAAAUUUGACCACACCCUUGGAAACACCGCUGGGUACUACAUCUACAUCGAGUCCUCGUCACAAGUCCAAAACGACACGGCCAGACUCCUCGUGCCACAGUUAACAUACUCUGGACCAAGUUGCGUCAGCUUCUGGUACCACAUGUAUGGACCUCACCUCGGCUCGCUUAACGUCUACCUCAAGAAGGGGAACCAGAUGGGCAACCCCGUGUAUACUGAUCAGAGGUCUCACAGGGACUUUUGGCACCAUCGGCUGAUACCUAUUUCAGACAGCACUAAUGUCCAGGUUGUUUUUGAAGGUGUCCGAGGCAUUGAUUAUGCCGGCGACAUUGCAUUGGAUGACAUCACAAUCUACAAGGGUACCUGCCCACCACAAACCCGAUGUACUUUCGAAGAUGUUAAUAUAUGUGGAUACACGCAAGACACCACAGAUGAUUUUGAUUGGACAAGAGCCAAUGGCAAUACUGCUUCAUUCGGCACUGGACCCACAAAUGAUCAUUCUUUCAACACGCCUGAAGGUUACUACAUGUACAUCGAGACCUCCAGCCCGCGCCAAGAUGGCGACAAAGCGCGCCUCAUCAGUACCACCUUUCAGCCGACAAUGGGUGCUUGUCUCAACUUCUGGUACCACAUGAGCGGAUCCGACGUGAAGACGUUAAACAUCUAUUCCCGCCACAAUGGUGCGCUAACCGCACCGUUAUGGAGUCUAUCGGGAAAUCAGGGUGAUAUGUGGCGCAAGGGUCGAGUCACAUUCACAUCUGCUGUGCCUUGGCAGAUUGUCUACGAAGGCAUUGUUGGCAAUGGAUUCCAAGCAGAUAUAGCUAUAGAUGAUGCAUGGCUUGACGUCCGCGGACCCUGCCCUCCACCAGCUGACUGCGACUUUGAGAGGAACUCUUGUGGCUGGUACCAGAAGGACGAUGGCUUCAGAUGGAUAAAAUACUCUGGAUCUACUCCGAGCUUUGGCACUGGGCCUAAGGUGGAUCACACGCUUGGAUCAAAAUAUGGUUUCUACAUGUACUUGGAAGUCAGCAGCCCACAGCAGGCGAAUGACACAGCCAUCUUCAGGUCCAUAGCCAUCCCUGUUCCAUCGCAAAGUUCAAGCCCAUACUGCUUUAGCUUUUGGUACCACAUGCUGGGACAAGAUGUCGGGACGUUGACUGUGUAUACGGAGACGCCAGCCUUGGGGGCGGUGCGAGUGUGGUCCAAGAGUGGCGACCAAGGAAACGCUUGGAAUAACGCUAAUAUUCAGUUGAACAACAUUUACAGCUCUUUCUCGAUCCUGAUGGAGGGUAUAGUCGGCUCUGGCUACGCCGGCGACAUCGCCAUCGACGACACAAGUCUCACCCUGGGACCGUGUGCUGUCGGCCCAUCUGGUCCUCCACCCUUCAACUGCGGAGACUCUGCAGCGACAACAGUCACCUCAUCACAAGUCUGUAACUUCAUCUCAGAAUGUCCCAAUGGUGCUGAUGAGGCAAAUUGUGGCAAUUGCAAUUUUGAACAAGAUAAAUGCUCGUGGAUUGAUGUCAGUUACGGCACGUUUGAAUGGCAGCGUGGUCGGGAUCAGACUGCUACCGCCAACACAGGACCACAGACUGAUCAUACUCUCGGCACACCACAAGGUUACUACCUCUACCUUGACUCGAGCCAAGGACAGACGUACGCGGACGCAGAACUUCUCGGUGCCUUCCUCCAGCCUUCCAGUUCAACAUGUCAGCUGAAAUUCUGGUAUCACAUGUACGGUCAAGGUAUCGGAACACUCCAGGUGGCGAUAAUGGUAGGCUCCCGCAACACGAUUAUCUGGGAGAAGGCAGGCGAUCAGGGAGAUCGAUGGAUUCAAGGCACAGCUGACAUCGGCCGCAUUGACUCAACUUUCCAGAUGCUCUUCCUCGCCCAAAGAUCGUUCAGUACGCUGGGAGACAUUGCCAUUGAUGACAUCCAGUUCUCCAAUUGUAUGUACCCGCCAGUCCAGUCGUCUUGCCCCGCCAACAAAUUCCGAUGUCAAAGAGGUGCCUGCGUUGCCAACGACCGAGUUUGCGACUUCACGGAUGAUUGUGGAGAUGGAUCAGAUGAGGCCACGUGUGCCUCUUACCCAGCAAGCACCAACUUUGAACAGUCACUUGGUGCCUGGCGCCAGGACACCACGGACGAUUUUGAUUGGUCAAGACAGAGUGGUUCGACAGGUUCUUCAGGAACUGGGCCAUCACGAGAUCACACCCGUGGAAUCGAUGCCGGUCACUAUGUUUAUAUCGAGACUUCGUCACCCAGGGUUCAGGGAGAGACCUCCCGUCUUCUCAGUCCAGUGUUUGGACCAACGUCAAAGAUGAGGACUGGUGGGACCUGUUUGGUGAGGUUCUACUACCACAUGUUUGGCCAGGACGUUGGUGACCUCAAUGUCUACACUCGUAGCGCCACCGGUGGUCCCUUGAAGAAGGUUUGGUCCAAGUCCGGGAACGUUGGCGACUUCUUUGAACGAGGAGAAGUCCAGCUUUACGAGGCCGGUAACUUCCAAGUGGUGAUAGAGGGAGUGGUUGGUGCCGGUUACAUGGGAGAUAUUGCCCUUGAUGACAUCUCGAUGACACCUGACUGCAAGAUCGUGAAUAUCAUCCCUCCAACUGGCCAACCUGUCACAGUUGCAACGACCAUUAACCCAUGCGGCACUGGAGCAUUCACCUGCGGAAACGGUCAAUGCAUCCCAGCAGCUCAAGUCUGUGACUUCCAGACCCAAUGCACGGAUGGAACUGAUGAAGCGUCAUGCGGUACUUGUACGUUCGAAAAUGGCCAGUGCGGUUGGAUGGACAAAAGCUCUGGACGCUACGAUUGGAAGAUCUACCAAGCUAGUCUGCAGACGCAGUUCGGCCCCAGUGUCGAUCACACAACUGGUGCAGCCACCGGACAUUACAUGUUAGUCGAGGGUGCUAAUGGAAACUUCCUUUCCUUUGCCAUUCUGGAAACCCCCACACUUGGUGCAACUGCUGCUAGCUGUCAGAUCAAGUUCUACUACCAUAUUAAUGGUCCUAAUGGAGGUACCCUUGCCGUUUGGCUUGAGAAUGCAACCAACACUCAGGACUUCACCUCUCUGUGGACAGAAGAUAAGAGCCAAGGGGACAAGUGGAAUGAAGCGAUUGUAGAUGUUGGACAGAGACCGGCUGGUUACAAGCUUCAAUUCUCUGCAAGCGCAGGCUUCAACUUCCAAAACUACAACGAUAUCGCCGUGGAUGACAUCAGCUACAUAGAUUGUGACCCGACCAAGAUCUACACUGACAAAAGCCUCAACUGUACUUUCGAAACAGACCUGUGCGAUUACUUCCAAGAGACGACGGAUGACUUUGAUUGGACUUGGUCGAAUUCAAACACACCCUCAGGUGUCACUGGUCCCGGUGGAGACCACACCACUGGGUCUGGUCACUAUUUGUACAUUGAGACAUCAUCUCCGCAAAGAAAGGGUGAUCGUGCCCUUAUCACCUCUGGAGCCCAGGCUGGAGGCAACACCCCCAAGUGUCUCACGUUCUGGUACCACAUGUUCGGUGCUCACGUCAACACUCUGAAUGUCUACCUACAAGCGAGCAACGCUAUGACGAAGAUCUGGUCGAAAUCGGGCACCCAGGGUAACCUGUGGCGACCAGGCCAGGUGACGUUGAGUAGCACAUCGCGAUAUCAAGUUGUGUUUGAGGGAGUUGUUGGCACGUCUUUCCGUGGAGAUAUUGGUCUUGAUGACUUCAUGGUGACAAAUGGACCUUGUCCACCAAGCAAAAUCUGUGACUUUGAAGCGGGACUCUGUGACUAUGAGAACGAUGUGAAUGGUGAUACACCUGGCUUUGACUGGAUCCGGCACAGAAAUGGAACAGCAUCGCAGGGUACUGGACCGAAGUAUGAUAUCACAACUGGAAAUGAGUUUGGUUAUUACGUGUACAUUGAGACAUCUGCCCCGCGUCAACAAGGUGACAAGGCACGUCUGGUCAGCAAGACAUACCAAGCUACAGGCAGCCGACAAUGUCUCCAGUUCUACUACCACAUGGAUGGAACAGCCGUCGGCAGCUUGAAUGUUUACAUAUCGUCUCUCGGUUCUUCGCCGGUCUGGUCUCAUUCGGGUGAUAACGGAGAUCGAUGGUACUAUGCCCAGGUCAACAUGUACGCCCUACAGAAUUACCAGGUGACCUUUGAAGGCGUACGUGGUGCUGGUUUCCAAGGCGAUAUCGCCCUUGACAACAUCCAAAUCGUAAACGGGCAGUGUCCACCUGAGCUCGCCUGCGAUUUCGAACAGGGGAUGUGCGGUUACAUCAAUAUGGAGGGCACUGGUGAUGACCUGGAUUGGCAGGUCUCAGCCGGUGCGACCGUGUCAGUAGGAACCGGCCCUGCUGUUGAUCAUACAACAGACUCUGACCAAGGGUUCUACAUCUAUGUUGACUCCACUGGCCAGAAGGCGGGCGACCGUGCCUGGUUCUACAGCAGUUUUGAGCAGGCCACCCCGGCAGUGUGCCUGACUUUCUGGUAUCACAUGUACGGGCAGGACGUCGGUAGUCUGACCGUGUGGCAACAGUACAACAAGCAGACGGUCAGUCUCUGGACACUCAGCGGCGACCAAGGGAACGUCUGGCGACAAGCUAUGGUCAACAUACAGAGUAACACGGAUUGGUCGGUUGUGUUUGAUGCUACUAUUGGUGGGGGAAGCCGGGGAGACAUGGCCGUCGACGACAUCAACCUGAGCGUUGGAACUUGUGGCCCAAUCAUGCCAACGACCUCAACUCCCGCCACAAUCCCACCAACAUUCGGACCUUCGGCCAUUGACUGCAACUUUGACCAGCCAUCAAUCUGUCAAUGGACACAAGAUACGGACGAUCAGUUUGAUUGGACGCUAGCUAGUAACUCCACUGGGUCUAUCGCUACUGGACCAAGUGGUGACCAUACUUCACAGACAGCAAAUGGUUUCUACGUCUACAUCGAAGCCAGUAACCCUCGCCAAGCCAACGAUACAGCAAGGAUUCGCAGCCCAGCUGUCCUUGUCACAUCACCUGGAAAGUGUAUCAAGUUCUGGUAUCACAUGUACGGUGCUGAUGUCUACAGAUUGAACAUGUACCUUGCCCAAGGCCAGGCCCUCGGGUCAUCUGUCUGGCAGAGACAGGGUACCUUGGAUGAUGACUGGAACUACGGACAGGUGUACAUUGCUACCCCUGGUCAAUAUGAGGUUGUGUUUGAGGGAGUUAUUGGAAAGAGUUUCCAAGGCGACAUUGCCCUUGACGACAUCUCAUCAAAUGAUGGUAAAUGUCCACCCGCAGCUGCCUGUGAUUUCGAGUCGUCUGACCUUUGCGGCAACACACAGGAUACCACUGAUGAUUUUGAUUGGACAAGAGAAAGUGGGGCUACGCCAUCCAUUUUGACCGGCCCAAGCAGCGAUCAUACUUACGGAACAGGCUUUGGACAUUAUAUCCACAUUGAAACGUCUGCUCCCCGCCAAGCUGGAGAAAAGGCCCGCCUCAUCAGCCAGACGUACCCAGCCACCAGGGGGCAGUGUCUACGCUUCUUCUACCACAUGUACGGCGAUCAUAUUGGAAUACUCAAUAUCUACGCCCGAGCCACCGGAGGAAUGCUUGGGCAGCCCAUCUGGAGUAAAAGUACUAACCAAGGACAGCGAUGGCUUCCAAGUCAGGUCACCAUCAACAGCUUCUCUCCAUUUGAGAUCGUAUGGGAAGGUGUAGCAGUAGCCGGCUAUCGUGGCGACAUUGCUCUAGAUGACAUUGAAAUAUUCGGUGGUGCGUGUCCGCCUGCCGGCCAUUGCGACUUUGAAGGCGGCGAGUGCACGUGGACUAACGAUUUGGCUGGCGAUGACUUUGAUUGGGUUAGGAGUCAGGGUAGUACCGGCAGUUACCAGACUGGGCCUUCCAGGGAUCAUACCUUGGGUACUGCUGAUGGCAACUACAUGUACAUCGAGGCAUCAUCCCCAAGAUCCAAUGGUGAGAAAGCCUGGUUCAGAUCGGAAGUAUUCGAUGCCACCAAAGACCGCUGCCUAACCUUCUGGUAUCACAUGUACGGCAGCAGCAUUGGCAAUCUCAACAUCUACCUGGAUGACGGAAGAACGAAAAGUAAAAUCUGGGGCAAAUCGGGUGACAAGGGUGACGUCUGGUUGACCGACAAGCUGACCUUGAAGGCUUCCACAUACUAUUCCGUCCUAUUUGAAGGGACCAUUGGAUCGUCAUAUACAGGUGAUAUUGCUAUUGAUGAUAUCGUCAUUGAUGACGGCGCAUGUUCGACUGUUGUGCAGCCGAAUAUCUUCCAGUGUGGUGAUGGAACGACGGUGCCGAUUUCCAAGGUUUGCGAUUUUGUCUCCGAUUGUACUGUUACGAAACAGGAUGAAAACAACUGCGGCACUGACUGUGAUUUUGAGUCAGGUCUUUGCGGAUGGUCGGCUGUUAGUCCGGGAAGUUAUAAAUGGCUUGUCGGAAGCAAUGGAACUGACACGAGUAACACCGGACCCUCCAUCGAUCAUACUCUGGGCACCGUAUAUGGGAAAUAUAUGUACGUUGAUGCCAGCCGAGGAAACACGAAUGAUUACGCAACCCUGAUGUCGAAGGAAUACCAACAAGCAUCUGAUACCUGCUCUAUUCAAUUCUGGUUCCAUCUCUACGGUCAAAAUGUCGGCGAACUCCGUGUUGUUUUAGCAGUCGGUGACAGGAACACCACAAUGUGGUACAGGAGUGUUCGCAAUGCUGGCGACCGGUGGCUCCGUGGUGCUGUAGGAGUUGGCCGUGUGACCUCCAAGUUCAAAAUCUACUUCCAAGCUAUAAGGAGCUUCUCUGUUCUCGGAGACAUUGCGAUUGAUGAUAUCAAAUUCAGAAACUGCGCUUUGAGACCAGUUCGGCCAACCUGUCCUGCGAGCCAGUUCCGCUGCACCCGAGGAGCAUGCAUAGCCAAAACCCAACUCUGCGAUUUCACAGAUAAUUGCGGUGACAGCAGUGAUGAGAAUUCACUCACCUGUGGGUCCUACCCAUCGCGAUGUAACUUUGAGGGUGGAUUCUGUGACUGGACCCAGGACACCAAUGACCAGUUUGACUUCACACGCCACACAGACACAACAGCCUCCACCGCUACCGGACCUGGUCGCGAUCAUACCACAGGCUUGAACAGCGGCCAUUACAUCUACAUCGAGAGCUCCAACCCGAGAGUUUUCGGAGAUGCGGCAAGAAUCUCCAGUCGCUUGUGGGCACCUGCUACUGGUGCCGAUCAGUGCAGGAUGAUUUUCUACUCUCACAUGUUGGGGAGCAAUGUUGGCAACCUGACCGUCUACUACAGAACAUCCUCAAAUGGACCGAUGCAAAUUGUAAGACAGAAAGUAGGUAACCGUGGCAACUUCUGGGAGCGACUCCAGUAUCCAUUGGUCAAUACGAAGGUCUUCCAGAUUGUCAUUGAAGCAACAGUGGGUAAUGGAUUCCGAGGCGAUAUUGCGCUUGACGAUAUAUCGUUUGGAAUUGGCUGCAAACCUUACAGCGGUGGAAUUCUCCCGACGGCUCCUCCAACAACCCCACCACCUGUGACUACUCCUGCUCCCUGUGGAACGGACUUCCAGUGCGCUGACAAGAGUGCUUGCAUCCCAAGCAGCCAUGUUUGCGAUUUCCAGUCCGAUUGCAAAGAUGGCUCAGAUGAGGCUUAUUGCGGCCCUUGCAACUUCGAGAAGGAUCAGUGUGCUUGGACCGACAUCAGCUCAGGGCAAUACGACUGGGCAAGACAUCAAGGCCAUACUCCAAGUUUUGUCUCCGGCCCAACUGUUGACCACACUCUUGGUACAGCACAGGGAUAUUACAUGUAUGUUGAGGGUGCAAAUGGGCAAUUCUUGACCCGUGCUCAGUUAGCCAGUCCCGUGUUGCCGACAGCAUCAGACAAGUGUGAGAUGCAUUUCUGGUACCACAUGAGAGGAUCCUACACUGGUGUCCUCUAUGUCAGUGCGCUCAUCAAUGGUACAAAGACGCAACUCUUCUUCCGGUCUGGUUUCCAAAGUGACGACUGGGUGAAGGACACAAUCUAUAUUGGACAGAAAUUUGGAACAAUUUAUGGUGGAUUCCAGAUUCUCAUCGAGGCUGAACCAAAGCGAGGCUUCCUUUCACCUGAUCAGACCGAUGACAUCGCUGUUGAUGACAUCACAUUCGACUAUUGCAACCCUAACAAACAGCCUCCAGCUCUAAGCUGUGACUUUGAAACCGAUGCUUGCAACUGGCGCCAGGCUUUGGACGAUGAUUUUGACUGGUCAAGAAAACGUGGCAGUACAUCAUCAAGUUUUACCGGGCCACGUGGUGACCACACCACUGGUCUCGGCUACUACAUGUACAUUGAGACGUCAUCACCAAGGAAGCAAGGUGAAGUUGCACGAUUGGACAGCGAUGUUCUUCCACCGACGUUAGUGACAGGACAUUGCCUCAGCAUGUGGUAUCAUAUGUUUGGUCCAGAUAUCAAUACGCUCCGUGUUUUCAUGGAGAAUGGAACAGCUCGUACGCUUCUAUGGACGCGAACCAAAUCCCAGGGCAACGAGUGGAAACUCGCCCAGAGGAAUAUUUCAUCAGCUGUGGACUACAGAAUCAGUAUCGAGGCCACCGUUGGUUCGAGUUAUGGCGGUGAUAUUGCCAUUGAUGAUGUCCUCGUCACAAACACUCCAUGCCCAGUGUCUUUGAUUUGCGAUUUUGAAGACGAUAUCUGCGGCUGGCAGCAACACACUGAUGAUGAUUUUGAUUGGACAAGAGGAAAGGCCGGGACGCCAUCAUACGGGACUGGACCACCAAUUGAUCAUACAACAGGAUCAGACUCUGGUUACUUCCUCUUCAUUGAGACAUCAUACCCACGGAAGCAGGGUGAUGUGGCACGUAUCGAGAGUAAGGUAUACGACAGCUCAGCAACACGCUGUCUUCAGUUCUGGUAUCACAUGUCUGGCCAAACGAUCGGAAAACUUCAAAUCUACCACAUGAAAACUACAAGCAAUUUCCCUACAGACAUGAUAUUUGAGAAAGCAGGUGACCAGGAUAACGUCUGGAGGCGCGCCAAGGUGACCUUGAAUCCCAUGUCAAGUGAUUACACUCUCAUUGUCAAUGGCAUCGUUGGUGCAGAUUAUCGAGGUGACAUUGCGAUCGAUGACUUACAAGUUACAGAUGGUGCCUGCCCGCCUACCGGACUCUGCGACUUUGAGGAAGAUCUUUGCGGAUGGACCAAUGUCAUCACCGAUGAUGAUUUCGAUUGGUUAAGAAAUAACGGAGCAACACCUAGUUUUUACACCGGUCCAUCCACAGAUCACACAACAGGAACUGACCAAGGAUUUUACCUCUAUAUUGAGACUAGCGGUGACGGGAGUAGAAAUGGAGAAAAGGCCUGGCUCAUGAGUGAGCACUUUGAGCCGACAAGCGGAGCCUGUUUCACCUUCUGGUACCACAUGUACGGCAGCACUAUUGGCGAGCUAACCGUCUUCACCAGGGCCUACAAGCAGCCGCCUCAGUUCAUCUGGUCCCAGACAGGUGACCGGGGCAACCAGUGGUUCAAGGGACAGGUGGAGAUUGUCUCGAGGGAGGAGUUUGUCAUCCUAUUCCAGGGCGUCCAUAAUGGAAGCUUCACCGGAGAUAUCGCCAUUGAUGACGUCAAAUAUGAUCCAUUCCCUUGCCCAAAAACGACAACAAUACCAACAACAACCUUGCCCGUCACAAUCCCAACACAUGCUCCCAGUAUCAACGACUGCGAUUUCGAGACGGAUAUCUGUAACUGGGUGCAGGAUACAAAAGACCAAUUUGAUUGGACGAGAGCAUCUGGUGCCACCCCCUCACAGGGUACUGGACCACUUGCUGAUCACACCACAGGUUCCUCAGCGGGUUAUUACAUCCAUACGGAGGUAUCCUCACAGAAUGAGAAUGAUACCGCAAGGAUCGUGGCCAAACCUUAUUACGCAACCGCAACUGGAGCUUGCGUGAAGUUCUGGUACUACAUGUACGGCGCGAGUGUCAAUAGGCUAAACGUUGUUUCCCAAGAUGACAAGGGAGCUGAAACAGUCCUUUGGACGAUGGCUGGAAACCAGGGACCAGACUGGAAGCCAGCCCAGAUCCACAUCCCAACAACAGGAGUCUUUACAGCAAUCUUUGAAGGGCUCUCUGGACCAUUUUAUGAUGGGGACAUUGCGCUUGAUGACAUCUCAUUCAAUAAGGGUCUAUGCCCACCGACACCAACUUGCGACUUUGAGAAUGGUUUGUGUGGCUAUACUCAGGAUGUAUUCGAUGUAUUUGAUUGGACUUUAGGAAGUGGUGACACAAUAUCAGCAAAUACCGGCCCAAGUAAUGACCAUACGUAUGGAACUAGUGUCGGUCACUAUCUGUUCAUGGAGGCAUCAAGAAGGAAACAAUAUGACACUGCUCGUUUGGACAGUCCACUCUACCCGCAGACUGACGGCGCCUGUGUCACCUUCUGGUACCAUAUGUAUGGUACCAAAAUGGGAACGCUUAACGUCUACCGUCGGGAGAGAAACCAACUUGGUGCCGUCAUCUGGAGUAUGAGCACUAACCAAGGCAAUGACUGGCACGUUGCUCAGCUUUCCAUCAACUCUGUCCUACCGUACCAAUUAGUCUUUGAAGCUGUUCGUGGUAUAGGGAACACGGGAGACAUCGCCAUCGAUGACAUCAGAGUGGAUGACAGUGGUGCCUGCCUUCCUACUGCGAUGUGUGAUUUUGAAGUCGAUACAUGCACAUGGAAAAACACUUGGAAAUAUGAUGAUUUUGAUUGGGAGAGGGCAAGAGGCGAGACAGUCUCUUUUGGUACAGGGCCAUCUGUUGAUCAUACCUCAGGCACACUUUACGGUGGCUACAUGUACAUUGAGACAUCAAGUCCCCGAAAGGAAGGUGAUCGAGCUCGGUUCCUGUCUGUUGAGUUUAACAAUGAGACUACGGGAUGCCUUGAGGUGUGGUACCACAUGAAGGGAGCUAAUAUCGGCACAUUGAGAGUGAUGCAGUACCAGUAUGGCAGUGGCAGCAAGACACUUUGGCAGGUCUCCGGAGACCAAGGCGACCAAUGGAGAGUGGGAUACGUUGACUUUGCGGCGACUCCUGUGGAGUACCAGAUCAUCAUUGAAGGUGUCCGUGGAAAAGAUUACGAUGGCGACAUCGCUAUUGACGAUUUAGCAUUUAACGUCGGGCAGGUCUGUCCUCCGCCACCACCAACAGUGCCUCCAUGCGUCUACCAAUGUGCCAACAGUCCAAUUUGCUUACCUCAGACACAGGUCUGUGAUUUCAUCAAAGAUUGUCCAGAUGGUGGAGAUGAGAUUGACUGUGGUUACGACUGUACUUUUGAAGGAAAUGUUGCCUGCGGUUGGAAUAACACAAGAGGUGGUUCAUUUAUUUGGAAAAAGAAUCGCGGAUCUACUGCAGAUCCCAACACUGGCCCAGCUUUUGAUCACACGACCCUGACCCCUGUCGGUUCCUACAUGUAUGUUGAUGCAAGCUUUGGAACCCAGGGCACUAGAGCUGUUUACAGGUCCCCUUGGCUCCAACAGUCGGGGAAGACUUGCACAAUAGUCAUGUGGUUCCACAUGUAUGGCGUGGACAUCGGCGACCUCUUUGUUGAACAUUAUGCAAAUCAACGUGUCACACGACUCUUGACGCUGAAUGGCAAUGCAGGAAACCAAUGGAAUAUGAUUGCUACUAUCAUCGGCCGCCACACCUCGCCAUUUAAGAUACAGGUUACCGCACGCAGGAGCUUCAGUACUCAAGGAGACAUUGCUAUUGACGAUAUCACAUUCGUUGGCUGUUCGCUUCCAACUCCCAUCGCAGGGAACUGUCCCGCUGGCCAGAUUAAAUGCGAUCGAGGAUCUUGCUACACCAAGAACCAAGAAUGUGAUUACGAAGAUGAUUGUGGCGAUUUCUCAGAUGAAAAGAGCGCCACCUGUGCUGCCUACGUUGGGCGCUGCGACUUUGAGUCAAAUUUCUGCGGCUGGGAGCAGCUUCAGGAUGAUGAUUUUGAUUGGACGAGGCAGACAGGCAAAACAUCAUCCCAGUGGACUGGGCCCACGUUUGAUCACACGCUAAACAGUGUUGCUGGAAACUACAUCUAUAUCGAGUCCUCCCGGCCUAAUAAGUGGGACUGGAAGGCAAGACUUGCCAGUCCUACAUUGGCACCAACUACUGGUCAAUGUGCAUUUAGGUUCUUCUACCACAUGUACGGUCUCCAUAUUGGUGCUCUUACUGUUUAUGUACGCACCCAGGUUGGCGGUGCCCUAACAGAAAUCUGGAGAUUCGACCAAUCGAAGGGAGACUACUAUGAGCGGGCAGAAAUCCAGCUGUCAGUUUCAUCGCCAUUCCAAGUUGUCAUUGAAGGUCAAAUCGGAAAAGGCUGGCAAGGAGACAUUGGGUUGGACGAUUUGUCAUUCACGGCAGAUUGUAAACUUUACUCAGGAGUCCUGCCCACAGCACCUCCUACUCUUUUCCCCAUGACGACAUCUAACCCGUGUGGUGUCGGAAAGUGGCAGUGCAGAAAUGGACAAUGCAUUGCUGCAAAUAAGAGAUGUGAUUUUGUCACUAACUGUAACGAUGGUUCUGACGAGGUUAAUUGUGGUGCAUGUGACUUUGAACAAGGUCAGUGCGACUGGGAGGACGACAGCGCUGGCCUGUAUAACUGGGCCAGAAACAAGGGGGCGACACCGAGCGUCAUCAGCGGACCUUCUGUUGACCACACCCUUGGUACAGCUAAUGGAUACUACAUGUUCGUCGACUCAACCCAAGGUGGAAUCUUCUUAAAUUUUGCACGAAUGCAGUCUCCAGCCAUCAGCCUCGCUGCUGCAAGUUGCAGAGUUACUUUCUGGUACCACAUGACUGGUGCUGCAGUAGGCUCGCGUCUUAGCCUAUAUCUGUUGAAGUUAAAGAAUGCCAACCCCUUCACUUCGAAAAUUGACCUCUGGACAGAAGCUGGUGACAAAGGGGACCAAUGGAACCAGGUCACCGUGGGAACAGGACGUGUCUAUGGUGGAAUGAAACUCAUGUUCGAAGCCACACAUAUAUCCAGAUCGGGUGACAUUGCCGUUGAUGAUAUAUCCUUUGUAAACUGCUCCCUCCCUCAGCCUGCAACGUGCAGUGCUAAUCAGUUCAAAUGCAAGAAUGGUGGCUGUGUCAGCAAACUGCGACUCUGCGAUUUCCAAGAUGAUUGCGGUGACAGCUCAGAUGAACAGAAUUGCGGUGGAUAUUUCCCACGAUGCGAUUUCCAAAAUGGCUUCUGCAACUGGAAGCAAGACACUGAUGACGAUUUCAACUGGAUGAGAAACAGCGGCUCCACAACAUCACUAGGAACUGGUCCAGCGAUGGAUCACACUUACGAGAAUAGCACUGGAAUGUAUUUGUACUUGGAAACCUCCUCACCAAGGAAGCCUAAUGAAACAGCAAGGAUUAGUAGCAUUAUAUUCAAACCUACUUCCGAUCGCACUUGCAAGUUCAGGUUCUUUUACCAUAUGUAUGGCAAUCAUGUAAACGCUCUGAAUAUCUACAGGAGAGAGGUUGUAGGAGCACCGAUGGCACUGGUUUGGAGCAGAAAAGACAGCCAAGUCGACGCCUGGCGUUGGGGUAUUGUUACUCUCGUCAGUAACGUCGACUUCCAGGUUGUGAUUGAGGGUGUCCGUGGUCUAGACUACCAGGGCGAUAUCGGUCUAGAUGAUGUGUCAUUCACGCCAACGUGUAUUCAAGAUCCAACAGGAGUAUUACCAACUGUCAUUCCUCAAACAACUCCGCCAACUAGUAACUGCGGUGUUGGCCAGAUGGCUUGUAAGAAUGGUGAGUGUCGAAAUGCCACUGACUUCUGUAACUUCCGUUACGAUUGCCAAGACCGUAGCGAUGAAGAUAACUGCCCGUCUGUCUGUACGUUCGAGAAUAACAACUUCUGCUCAUGGACAAAUGCCAAAGCUGGGGACCAGUUUGAUUGGUCGAUUGGAAAUGGUGGCACUCCGUCUUCAGGAACGGGACCAAGUAUUGAUCACACAACAAAUAGUAAAACAGGGAAAUAUGCCUUUAUUGAGACAAGUUCCGGCCAACGAGGAAACAAAGCAAGACUCGUCAGCCCGAUUUUCAAGCAGUCCGGCCUGACAUGCAAAUUCUCCUUCUGGUACCAUAUGUACGGCAGUGGUAUUGGUGACUUAAAUGUUUACAUCAGCAGUAACGGAAAAGAGACACUCUUACUGAACUUGUAUAGAAAUAGAGGUGACCAAUGGUUCCUGUCUACAAUAUCUCUACCUGUCUGCAAAUCGGACUUCCAAAUCAUCUUUGAGGCAACUAUCGGAACUGGCUUAACUUGGCAAGGAGAUAUUGCCAUUGAUGACAUACGCUUUGACCAAUGCGCCUACCCUGCCCCACCAUCAGCAUGCCCUAGUGGAUAUUUCAAAUGUACCAGUGGUCACUGUGUUCCACUGCAGCUGCGAUGCGACUACCAAACUGACUGCUGCGACGGAUCAGAUGAGGCGCCUUCUUUGUGUAAUAACUAUAUCCGAUGCGACUUUGAGAACGGUUUCUGUAACGGUGUACAGAUCUCUAAUGAUGAGUUUGAUUGGCGCAGAGAGCAGGGAUCAACAUCAUCAAGUAACACGGGACCGUUAGUUGACCAUACCAGUGGUACAAACCAGGGAUGGUAUAUGUACAUCGAGGCAUCCUCGCCACGUAAAUCUGGCGACAGAGCCCAGCUUGGCUUCAAUAUGGACACCCCUGUCAGUUAUUGCGCCAUACGAUUCUGGUAUCACAUGUAUGGCUCGCAUAUUGGUUCGUUGAACGUCUACACCAGACCAUCAAGUAAUGGCCCGUUGACCUCGAUAGGGCAAAUCUCAGGUAGCCAAGGUGACCAAUGGAUGAAGAAGGAAAUCCGGCUCAAUAGGAACCAGCCAUUCCAAGUGGUCAUAGAAGGAGUUGUCGGGGCAGCUUGGCAAGGUGACAUCGCAGUGGAUGAUAUUUCUUUCGCACCAGGCUGUAGAGUCCUUGGAAGCAGCACCCCACUUCCCACAGCAACCACAGUACCAACUACGCCUAUGACAAUCAAUGCUCCGUCAGAUUGCAACUUUGAGAGUGGCACGUGUGGUUGGUAUGAGCAGGGCCAGUUGGAUCAAUUCGACUGGGAACGAGCCAAUGGAGCAAUGACAGACCAGUACAGAGAUACCGCACCUGGUUACGAUCACACCCGUGGCAAUACCAACGGUUACUACAUGUAUAUCCACGACCUCACUGGCGGACAAGCCUUUGGAAAGGAAGCGAACCUACGUAGCCCGAGGUACAGAGAAUCCGCGACCGAUUGCCAGAUCCGGUUCUUCUACUACAUGUACGGACAGCGCAACCCGUCACUGAUCUUGUACAUCACUGACUCAAAUGGGCAGCAGACUCCUCUAUGGGACUUCUAUGGCUCUUCACAAGACCAGUGGGUAGAGGCGAAGGUAUCGAUUGGAAGGCGCAGUCAGCCAUUCUCUUUACUGUUCUACGCCCAGGGUCGAGCUCAGUACAAGACUGCUGUCGGUAUUGAUGAUGUUACAUUCUUUGAUUGCGGUCUUCCACCCGCUGCAACAACCUGUGAUACAAAUAAUGGAAAGUUCUGGUGUACGACGUCCCGGGCAUGCAUCGAUAGUAACAGGUUAUGCGAUCUCUCCGACGACUGCGGAGAUGCUUCUGAUGAGAGUAGCGCCACCUGUAGCACGUACAAGAAAUAUGAUUUCGAAUCUGGGCUCGGAGACUUCUCCCAGGGUCAAAAUGGUGUCGAAGACCAGUUUGAUUGGACAAGGUUUAACGGCACCACACCGACGUAUUUCAGUGGGCCUCAGCGGGAUCACACCCUAGGGACCAGUUUAGGUUUCUAUAUGUACAUUGAAACAUCGUUCCCGAGAGUAUACAAUGAAAAAGCUUGGCUUACAACAAGGACAUUUGCAGCGUCUGCUAAUGGUGCGUGUAAGAUGCGAUUGUACUAUCAUAUGUAUGGUGAACAUGUAAACUCUUUGACUGUGUUCACUAGAAAAUACAGGAACGGUCCUCCAACGCGCCAAAUCUGGCAAGACACGGGCGACAAGGGAGACGUCUGGAAUAGACUAGAGAUCACCUUGGACGAAGCUGCAAACUUCAUGGUUAUCAUCGAAGGAAAGGUUGGUGAUGACUACAACAGUGAUAUCGCCAUUGACGACGUCUCGUUCACACCAGGAUGUCAGUAUAUAUCACAGCAGCUUCCGAUUGCACCGAAUCAGCCCAGUACCAGCAGCCCAGGGACGCCGGGGACCACGGCACCCCAUACCUGUGGAGCCGACCAGUUCAACUGCCAUUCAAAUGGGGCUUGCAUCGACAAAGUGAAGGUGUGUGACUUCAGGAACGACUGUGAUGACGGCUCGGACGAAGCUACAUGUGUGAAGCGAGUGUGUACAUUUGAAAACCGCGACCUGUGUAACUGGUACGCCCCUAACCUAAGAUCAGGUACACCUUCUGAUAUGACGUUCAAGUGGGAUUUGGGACAAGGUAGUGUUGGAACACAGCAUGAGCUGCAAUAUCGACCAGAUCGUGAUCAUACAAAAGGUACAGGAACCGGCUACUACCUCUACACUGACAGUUCCCUCGGUUCCUUCCAACUCUCCACCGACAUCCAGACACCAGUCAUCUCGCGCACCGGCCCACAAUGCAAACUCCGUCUCUGGUACUACAUGAACGGGCCUAACAUCGGGUCGCUUCAUGUCCUCAACGCCUACAACGGGCAACAGUACGAGAUGUGGUCGAUCAGCGGAAACCAAGGCGAUCGCUGGAGACAAGUUGGCGUGUUCAUCGGUGCAAUGACGAAUGUGCAAUUCGUCAUCCAGGCGAAACGAGGCUUCAGCUUCGAGGGAGAUAUCAGCAUUGAUGAUGUUACGUUUGUUGACUGUGCCCCUGUCCUGCCGACUGGAGGCUGCUCCUCUCUACAGUUCACAUGUUCGAACCAGUAUUGUAUUGACAAGAACUUGAAGUGUGACUUUGCUAAUGACUGCGGAGACAGCUCGGAUGAGCAGGCCAGCAUCUGUGACGCUUCUUACAAAGGACGCUGCGACUUUGAACACAACAUCUGUCCAGAUUGGCAUCAAGAGAUUGGUGACACGUUUGAUUGGACCCUGCGACAGGGAAGUACGGAUUCAGAAAAUACCGGCCCAACUACCGAUCACACGACGCGAUCGGACAGAGGAUAUUACAUCUAUAUUGAAUCAUCUUGGCCACGGGUCCAGGGAGAUAACGCUCAUCUUUCUUCAUAUGCUAUCAAGGGUAGCACUGUUGGAUGCAAGGCUCGUUACUGGUACCACAUGAGAGGCAACCAUGUUGGCGCGCUGAACAUCCUCCUGCGUUACUCCUACAACACGGGAGACUUCAUCGUUUUACGCACUCACAGCACUCCGAUGGGAUUCAACUGGCAAAGAGGGGAAAUCGAUCUCAGUGCCGGAAACACCAAGAGGAGAGAUUUUGAGGUUGUCUUCGAAGGCGUCAUCGGUGAUGGCUUCCGAGGCGACAUUGCCCUUGAUGAUCUUUCACUGACUCCGGAAUGUGAGGCAACUCCUAGUGGCAUACUCCCAGGUCAACCGACCGGACCUGCACCAACGCCUGGAGCCUGUGGCGCUAACAUGUAUAGCUGCGACAACGGGAAAUGUUACAGCCCAAUUCAGAUGUGUAACUUCUUUGACGAUUGUGGCGACAAAACUGAUGAGAGCAUGUGUGGCACUGACUGCACAUUCGAAGGCAAUACCACUUGCGGUUGGAAGAACUCUCUCAGAGACUCGAUUGAUUGGACUCUCCACCAGGGGGCAACACCAAGUUUUAACACUGGCCCGUCGGUCGAUCAUACUGCCGGUACAGCGCAAGGUUACUAUGUGUACAUCGAGACAAGUGGCGAGAAAGGCCAGGGUGACAAGGCACAUCUCCAGAGCUCUAUCUACCACUAUGCGUCAACGCAAUGUACUAUGAACUUCUGGUAUCACAUGCACGGCUCCACCAUUGGGGCGCUCCGAGUACUAAUUAAGGACACGUCUAACCAGGUAAAAUCACUAUGGGAGAUGACAGGGGAGCAAGGAGACCAGUGGAAGCAAGGCUCCGUCCAAAUUGGCAGCACUGUGACCGACCAGUUUGCCAUCAUAUUCGAAGCUGAGCGGGGAAGUGGUUACAGUGGCGAUAUCGCUCUCGAUGACAUCAGCUUUGUAAACUGUGCGAGGAGUAAGCAACAGCAGGAAUGCAGCGGGGAUCAGUUCCAAUGCAAGGAUAAGACACAGUGUAUCGAUUAUCGAUAUCUGUGUGAUGGCCGGUCGGAUUGUGGCGAUAACUCUGAUGAAGAUCCAACGUAUUGUGUUCUGAGAGAAGGUGACUGCAACUUCGAAAGCGGUCUCGACUCGUGCAAGUAUAUCCAGCGCCAAGAUGACAGUCUGGAUUGGACACUCGAUAAGCGUGCACCGUCGUCUUCUACCGGACCAGGCUUUGAUCAUACCAAGGGCGUCGGAGGUACCUUUGCCUACGUCAAUGGAUUCUCUGCUGUCGGAGAUGAGGCAAGACUGGAGACGCCGCCAUUCCCUGCAACGAUCGGCCGAUGCUACCUGCGUUUCUGGUACUUCAUGAACGAUGGCGCUGUCCAACAGAUUGGCUCUACGGAGAGUAUGGGAACACUGAAGGUUUACACCGAAAAUAGCGACAAGCAGACAGCGUUGAUGUGGACUAAGAGUGGUCAUCAAGGCAACCAGUGGCAGUAUGCCAAUGUCCAGGUCGGCAACACGCAAGAUUAUACAGUUGUCUUUGAGGGUAUUCGCGGUAAUGGUGUGAGGUCGGAUAUUUCGAUCGAUGACAUCUCGUUCACCCCCGAAUGCAGGAAUGGCAAGUCACCGACCCACAACGAGACCAGUCUCUGUGACUUCACACACUUCUUCUGCGCGGCUCGUAGGCAGUGUAUGCCUAACAUGUGGAGAUGUGAUGGAGUUGACGAUUGCCCAGAUGGCUCCGAUGAGCUUGGAUGUUCUAGUACUCAAGUACCAGUCGACAAAAAAACAACGCCCGACUCCUCCUCGACAUGGACUAUCGCUCCUCAGACAUGUGACAAGGGCUUCUUCACCUGUAGCCGAGGUACAACAGAUCAGGACAAAUGUAUCAGUGGCAUCUUCUCAUGUGACGGUGUUCCAGAUUGUCCCGAUGGUGAUGAUGAAUAUGGCUGCACCAAGAAGUGUGCUCCAGGCCAAGCCUACUGUCGCCGUACUAUGAGCUGCGUAGCGAAGUGUGACGGAAAUGAAGACUGCUUAGAUGGAUCUGAUGAAGCCAGCUGUGAGGCUGGAUGUCCACCGAACUUCUGCCUGAACGGAGCGGCGUGUGUCAACAUUGAGUUCCAAGGGCCUACUUGUCAGAACUGUAGCAUAGGUACCUAUCGUUGCUACGAGGCCGGCCCGGCUCCACAACCUCAAUCCCAAGGAUCAACUUCAAUCGGUAUCAUUGUGCCUGUCAGUAUUGUUGGAGCUGUUAUUCUCAUUGCCGUGGUGAUGGUUCUGCUUUACCUCGGAAUCAAGAAGCGAAGGCAAAAAAGCGCCCUCUUCACCGUAAGCUACAACAACGGUUCGUCCCAAGGUAUCGAAAACCCUGUUUACGACAACUACGGUGAUCUACAAGUCAAUGAUUUUUCAAUGAAUGAAAUGGAUGGAUCAGUAUUCGGUGGUGCUGCAUCAGAUCAAGGCAGUAUCAAUCCAGGCUUAGGCCCGAUGUCAAUCAACAAUCCAAUUGAUGGAGACCCAGCCUCCUACACCUGAUCAAGAAAGGUCUCUGAUUCGGGACACCAAUUUGAGACAAGACGUGUAUUAAAAAAGCACCUUUUACAAUUUAAAUUCAUGUUUAUAAAGUCUUGACUAUAGUUUAUUUUUGUGAAACUUUAAAUCGAAACUCGAGGCGAACAAGAUGUUGACUUUUAUUAGACCUGUGUUAUCAGUUUUAAUUAGAUUUUUGUAACCGUCCAUUCCAAUACUGUGCCUAUGGGACGUGGAUUGAAUUUUGUACACACCCAUGACCAGUUGGUCUAAGCUUGCAGUAUAUAAAGUUUAGAUAACUUAAAAUGCAGAGAGAACAUUUAGCUAUUUUCAUAUUGGUGCUUCUAAAAUAUACUAAAAGUGUAGCUUUUGUGCCUAUAUUUUUAUAAUCGGUGCUUGCAGAAAUGAUAUAUAAUCCCGGUAAUGUAUAUUUUGAACCAACAAUUUUGUACAUUAUGUAAAUAUUUUACCAAUUAUUCAAUAGAUUAUGCUAUACAAAUCGUUUGCCAGUCAGCCACCUUCAAGAGAAAUUGAUUUGAGAGUGUCCAUGUGAAUUCUUUCGAAAUCUCUAAGCUGUAACUCUUGAAUGGCUAAUUUUUCAAGUAAAAUGAUUGUUGCUACCUCAUUGCUAAAGUUAAAGAAUAAAAUGGUGCAUGGCCUAAAACUGUGAUGAAAAUAAUAUAUGAAAUCAGUUUUUACCACUGCCUUCAGACAGUCUUGUUCAUAAGUUUGA